CAUUCCAUCACUUUCGUGACGCCAACAUGAAGCUCACAAUUGUCUUUGCCGGACUUCUUGGCGUCUUCCUGACUCCUGCCUUUGCCCAAUAUAAUAUCAACAUCGGUGACAGCAACAACAGCGGUGGAAGUGGGCUGCAGACAGUGAGCGUCAAUAACGAGCACAACGUGGCCAAUGUAGACAACAACAACGGCUGGGACUCCUGGCACACGCUCUGGGAUUACAAUACUGGCUUUGCUGCAAUCAGACUCUUUAACAAGAAGGCAUGCAUUGUGCACAAAAUGAACAAAGAUGCCACGCCCUCUCUUCAAGCCUUGGAUACAAUGGUCAAGGAAAAGAAGCUUCAGGAUAAAGGACCAGGGGGACCCCCUCCCAAGGGCCUGAUGUACUCAAUCAAUCCUGACAAAGUCAACAACCUGGAUGAGUUUGGAAAAUCCAUCGCUAGCAUGUGCAGGCGGGUUCCAACAUACAUGGCUGAAGAGGUUCGAGGAGCAAGCCUGUUGUUCUACUCAGGAAAGUGCUUCAAUGUUAAUAUACUCUGGAUUUUGAAUGCUUCCUUCUGUGGAGAAACAGAGGAAAACUGA